AUGAUCGGAGGAGCGUGUUGGAAAUGCCGAAUUCUGGGCAAAAAGUCUACAGAAGAGAAUCCUUGCGAUACUUGCCCAAAACGAAACAAAGCUGGCAAAACAGCUUGGACUCAAAUUGGUUGUAAACGAGGCACGCUCUCAGAGGAGAUGGAGUCUAUCGAUCUCUGUCGAAAUCAUAUUCCUAGCCAAUGCCUUCUGGUAUCGAUAUUUUUUGUCUUCAAUGCCGGCGUCGUUGGUGUCAAAGCUCAGACUCGCAUGAAAGCAAAUGUCCAAGACGCCACGGUAAUUGGACCUUUCAUAUCGGAUCUCAAAAUAGUGGCAGGUUGUGAUUCGUGUAAAAGUUAG